GGGAGGCGCCAGAGAGCGCGCCUCUCCGCUAAAGAUGUGAAAAUGGCGGAGCUACAAAUGCUUCUGGAAGAGGAGAUUCCAGCGGGACGAAGCGCGCUGCUGGACAGCUUCACCAAUUUGGAAAGAGUCGCGGAGUACUGCGAGAGCAACUAUGUCCAGUCUCCAGACAAGCAGAGGGCGCUGGAGGAGACCAAGAACUACACCACUCAGUCUCUGGCCAGCGUAGCCUACCUGAUCAACACGCUGGCUAACAAUGUCCUGCAGAUGCUGGACAUCCAGGCCUCCCAGCUCCGCCGCAUGGAGUCCUCCAUCAACCACAUCUCACAGACGGUGGACAUCCACAAAGAGAAGGUAGCACGGCGGGAGAUCGGCAUCCUCACCACCAACAAGAACACGUCCCGCACGCACAAGAUCAUUGCCCCGGCCAACCCCGAGAGGCCUGUGCGCUACAUCCGCAAGCCCAUCGACUACAGCCUGCUAGAUGACAUGGGCCACGGAGUCAAGUGGUUGCAAAGGUUUAAGGCCAGCGCUCAGAACAUGAAGGCCGGAGGCGGCGGACUCCCUCGCACCAACCCCCCCACACAGAAGCCCCCAAGCCCGCCCAUGACGGGGAAAGGCACCCUUGGGCGCCACUCCCCCUAUAGGACCCUUGAGCCGGUGCGUCCACCCGUUGUCCCUAACGACUACGUCUCGAGCCCGACGCGCAACAUGGCGCACCCCCAGCAGAGCCCUGCACGCACUGCAUCCGUUAAUCAGAGGAACCGCACGUACAGCAGUGGGAGCAGCGGAGGCAGCCACCCCAGCAGCAGUCGCAGCAGCAGCCGAGAGAACAGCGGUAGCGGCAGCGUGGGCGUGCCCAUCGCUGUGCCGACCCCGGCCCCACCCACCGCCUUCCCAGCCCCUGCCCAGUCUAACCCAGCCAAACCUCCCCCAAACACUGCCACAACCCCUUCCUCUGCCCUUGAUGGCCCCCCACCAGUUCCCAACCCCCCUGUAGAGAUCCCGCCUGUACCCCCACCCCCUCCCCAACUCCCUGCCUCCUCGGCCCCCACUGGCACAGGCCCCGCUACUUAUGGCAACCCUGCACAAGGUGCUCCUCAGUUCUACAGCAUGAACCGCCCCGCACAGUCCCAGAACGCUCAGGUGGGAGGCUCCCUGCCGUACCGCCGCCCCUCGUCCGUCACCGGUCAGCCCAACGUGCCCCACAACCAGACCCAGCUCAACGGGGGGCCACACUUCGCCCAGAACCAAGGCCCGCUCGCGCCCCCUCCCCCCUCCAUGCAGAUCACCCCUCAGCUGCCUCUGAUGGGCUUUGUGGCCCGAGUUCAGGAGACUAUUUCAGACGUGCCGCCCCCGCCUCCGCCUGCAGACGAGCCGGUGUUUGAGGAGCCCACGCCUCCUCCGCCGCCGCCCGAAGACUACGAAGACGACGAGGAUGAAGAAGAGUCGGCAGUGGUGGAGUACAGCGACCCCUACGCUGAGGAGGACCCCCCCUGGGCCCCACGCAGCUACCUGGAGAAAGUGGUGGCCAUCUACGACUACACCCGCGACAAAGAGGACGAGCUUUCGUUCCAGGAGGGCGCCAUCAUCUACGUGAUCAAGAAGAACGACGACGGCUGGUUCGAGGGCGUCAUGAACGGCACCACGGGCCUGUUCCCCGGCAACUACGUGGAGUCCAUCAUGCACUACGCCGACUGAGCGGCGCCUCCCUGAGCAGGAGAGGAGCGCUUGUUGGGGAUGGGGAGGGGAGGGGAGCUAAGGGUUAAAGGUCAAAGACUUUGAUCGAACAGAGCAUGAUCACCUCCGGGCGAAGAGAGCAAAAGGAGCAGGAGGGGAAGGAGACGCAGUUUUUGAAGGAGUUGCAACCAGACGGACUCGAUGCCCAGUCAUUCUCUCGACAUAGUCACCAUUAUACAGCAACCACUACUCUAAAUAUAACCUUCCCUGUAAUGUUUCUUUCUUUAUGACUUUAUUUGACCAAGGAGGACUGGGUGGUGAUGGAUUUGUUACUUUUGAGAGCUUGUUUCACACUACGAGGCCACUACAUUGAUUUCUGCUUCUUUUAUAUAUUUUUUUCUUGUGUUUUUAGCGGUUUGCCCAUAUUUAUUCGUAGUGGGGGAUAAAUGGUGAGCGGGUGGACGGGGCUGCCGUGCGGCAGCCUCAGAGAAAAGGGCUGGAGGAAAAUGCCUUCAGGGAUAGACGUUCUCCUCGACACUCCAGAAAUAUUUUAGAGUAACACCUAACUGUAGGGAUGGGGAAGCGUUAUCUCAGCAGGGGGGUGUGCCAAAGCUGACGAAGAUGAGCACAUCAGAUGACACACUGAGCUGGGUAAACGCUUUUAAAUGAAGAGCUUUCCUCGUCUUUGUUCGGUUUGUGCGAUUAAACAGGACUAGGUUUAGUCACUACAUGCUUCACUUUGCUAGCCAGCGUGCAUUUAUUAUUUUUUUCAGGUGAAGGAAUCGUCGUCCAGCCCUUGAGAGCCUCAGCUGCACCGUGACCUGCAGCUCCUGGCUGAUCGUUUAUUUUUCCUUUUUUAAUUUUCAUUUUUUGGCGUUCACCAAGAGUUGGCGGUCGAGUUUUGCCUUCAGAGCGGCAGACUGCAUGUUUGAGCCAAUAGAAAGAGGGAAGGGGGAAAAAAAAAGUUUCUUUUCUGCUCUACUGAUGAUUAAUGUCUUAAUAUUUUUAGAUAUGGUGUGGUUUUGGUUUUUGAUAUUCACCCACGACGACCACGAUGACGCGUUUAGGUCAUUUCUAAGAUGCUUGUGCCAUAUUGAAGUGUGUGUUGCUGUUUCAGAGGUUGUCACUUCAUUUGCAAUAAAAAUCGGGCCGAGUGAGGUGGGACUGUCGCUGAAUUACGGAUCUUUAGUUUUUCUUGCGGUUUCCCGAGGUGUUUGAAAUCAAAAGCACAUACAUUUGUAGUAAAAAAGGUGUAGAAGAAAUACUCUAAAUGUGACAUGUAUUAUGUCCUCAAACGCGGGACUUAUGAUAUGAAAAGAAGCCAGCUGUUGUGUUUUGAAAUGGUUUUAAGCGUCACAUUAGGGCCCCGAUACUUUUUCCCAAAAAAAAAACGCACCGUGAGUUUAGGCUCCAUACGUCCUCCAUACGGUCUUCAAUCCGCUUGGCUGUUGCGUGUUCGCGAGGGCUCAGUGCUUGUACUUAUGUCAGGAUCUUUAUUUUUUACUCCAAAAAAAAGGAAAAAAAAAGAGAACAAUAACAAGUGGGUCUGUAUGUGAGUCUUGCAUGCCAUUGUUAUUAUCUGUACUGGUGUCCCUAAAACCUACGUGGCAAGAUCACCCAUUUCUAAAAAGACAAGCAGCCCUGCAGCCCCUGACCAGGUACCGCCAGCCUCAUCCAAAGAGACUGUACAAGUUUACUGCGAGCCCACAUCCGAGGAGCCACUCUGACCUGUGGGGGAGGAGGGAGGGGAGGCACUCGGCUUCCUCCCCCCGACAGUAGCCGUCAUCAGUGGUGAAAAAUCAUUUUUUUUUGUGUGUGUGUGCGUAAGCUGCUAGUGAAUCCUGUGGACAGACUACAGGCGGGAGAUGAGUGAGAACUUGACUCUUGUUGCGUAACACUCAUGAGCUGACACUAAAAAAUAAACCCAAAUAAAGAAAUAUAUAUAUAUAUAUGAGUAAGGCCCUCCGGUCUGCAGGAUUCACGGCUUCCUGGAGUCACAGACGUCCACUCAGGAUGUCGAGUUUAACAGUCCAUAAUGCCAUUGUGUUGCACAGUUAAAGUUGAAUUGCAGAAGUAUCAUAUUUGUAAAAUCAUGAGAACAAAGACAAUAAAAUUAUUGAGAUUUA